CAAUAUCAUCAAAAGUUAUCCAAGAAUAUGUUUAUUUAAUCGUUUAUUUUGUGAUAUACGUAAUUAAGAACUUAUUACACCAUAUAAUAAGCAAUGCUAUAUCUAAGUAUAAUCUACGUUUUUGUGUUUUGUAUUAUUGCUAAAGUAUUUUGCGACGAGUUUAAUUUAUCUGGUGAUGCCGGCCAAGCUUACGCUUUAAAAAUUAAUAUAGGACAUCCUCCACAAACGUUAAGCGUCUUAGUGGAUACUGGAAGCACAACAUUAGCUAUUGCUUCGUACCCUCGCAAGGAAAGCAAUAUUUAUUUCCAGUCGGGCAAUUCAUCAAGUGUCUAUCACAAAGGAAAAGAGGUCCAAGCAAAAUAUUCUCAGGGAACAUGGGUUGGUCAGCUAGUUUCGGAUUUUGUUCAGUUCCCAUCUCUGUCAAAUGUACCAGAGGUUAGGACAGACAUUGCUCUGAUAACCAAAAGUCACAAGUUUUUCAUGAAUGGCUCAGGAUGGCAAGGUCUCCUUGGUUUAGCUUACUUGCCUGUAGGGGCUUGGGGGGAAAAUGUUAUAGUUGGCUCCUGGCUGGACUCACUCGAAAAGUACUUGGAUAAGCCAGUUUCGUUUGAAUUGAAGUUAUGCGGCACACUCAGUCAGACUAACUCCACCCACUAUGGAGUUUUUAAAAUGCUUGACACUUUUCCUGAGGAAAGUAACAUUUUUAAAACUCCCAUUUUACAAAAGAGAUGGUAUGAAGUAGGUGUGCUAUCAGUUAGACUCUUGAACUCAUCGGAAAACAACAGUAGUGACAGUUCUGAUAUAAACAAAGAUAACUGUGUGAAGUUAAAUGAAGAGAAGAGCAUAGUGGACAGCGGUACAACUAAUAUAAGAUUACCCGACUCGGUAUUUAGACAGGUAGUUGACCAACUCAGGCAUUCAGCACAAGCAUCAAACAAUUUAAUUUUAGAUGAGUUUUGGUAUCAUGGAGAGGCUGGAUGCUGGCCUGAGCCCCAAGACUGGUCUCUACCAUCUUUAGCUAUUGACCUACUGAGCACUGAAGCAGAUAAUUCAUACUUUACGCUGGAAAUACCUGCACAGAACUUCAUGCGUGUAGUGUCAGCACAUAACAACAGUAGGGGCAGCGGUAGCGUGUCGGAGUUCUGUUACAAGCUGGGCCUUGAGGCUGGUGGGAAAGAGACUGUAUUGGGAUAUACGGCGAUGGAGGGACUUCAAGUGCUCUUCAACCGCUCCGGAGGUUGGAUUGGCUGGCGGCCGUCGGAUUGCGGGUCCAAAACGAAAAUAACCGGCCCUUUCAACAUCUCCUCAUCAUUAUCAAGCCUCUGCCAACUCACCAAGCCUGUGCCCGACGUGGCAGAGUCCAUAAAAGCGGCCCAAUGGAUCCUCUGUGCCAUUUCUAUAAUAGCAGUCGCGGUAGUCAUAUAUUUAUUGGCCCCUGGUAUCAAAGUUUUACUAAUCAGACCUCUACCGAGGUCCCAACAAAUCUCGCUGUCCCAAGCGGCUCUGGUGCAGCAAGAAACGUAAUGUCUCUUUCGUGUGACAUUGCAAAGGCAUCGCCGAGGAGGAUAGGGAGAGGG